AUGACUGAGACCGUAGAACUUUCCGCACUGUCUCUGCCCUGCCAUAACCAUCGCACCUUGGCAUCAUCCUACAUUCAGGAAGUUGCCGCCUUGGUUCUCGACAAUGGUUCGGGUAUGUGCAAAGCCGGUUUUGCCGGUGAUGACGCACCCCGUGCUGUUUUCCCUUCGAUCUGCGGUCGUCCUCGUCACCAGGGUGUGAUGGUUGGAAUGGGCCAAAAAGAUUCUUACGUGGGCGACGAAGCUCAAUCCAAGAGAGGUAUCUUGACUUUGAAGUACCCUAUUGAACACGGGAUCGUUACGAACUGGGACGACAUGGAAAAGAUCUGGCAUCACACCUUCUACAACGAGCUUCGAGUGGCUCCUGAAGAACACCCCGUCCUGUUGACCGAAGCCCCUCUCAAUCCUAAAGUUAACCGAGAAAAGAUGACUCAAAUCAUGUUUGAGACUUUCAAUGCUCCGGCCUUUUACGUCGCCAUCCAGGCCGUGCUUUCGUUGUACGCCUCCGGUCGUACCACUGGUAUCGUAUUGGAUUCUGGAGACGGUGUGACACACACUGUCCCCAUCUACGAGGGUUACGCCUUACCCCACGCGAUUUUGAGGCUCGAUCUUGCCGGUCGGGACUUGACAGACUACUUGAUCAAGAUUUUGAUGGAGCGAGGUUACAGCUUCACCACCACGGCCGAAAGGGAAAUCGUUCGCGACAUCAAAGAAAAACUUUGUUACGUUGGUUUGGACUUUGAACAAGAGAUGCAAACCGCCAGUCAAUCUUCCGCUCUUGAGAAGAGCUACGAAUUACCUGAUGGACAGGUCAUCACCAUUGGAAAUGAGCGUUUCCGUUGCCCCGAGGCUCUGUUCCAACCUUCCUUACUUGGUUUGGAAGCCUCCGGUAUCCACGAGACCACCUACAACUCGAUCAUGAAGUGUGAUCUUGAUAUCAGAAAGGACCUCUACGGUAACGUCGUCAUGUCCGGUGGUACGACUAUGUACUCUGGUAUUUCCGACCGAAUGCAAAAGGAAAUCACCGCCCUUGCUCCUAGCAGCAUGAAGGUUAAGAUUGUCGCCCCACCAGAGAGGAAAUACUCCGUAUGGAUUGGUGGUUCUAUCUUGGCUUCUUUAUCCACCUUCCAACAGAUGUGGAUCUCGAAGCAAGAGUACGAUGAGAGCGGUCCCUCAAUCGUUCAUCGUAAAUGUUUCUGA